AUGGAGCGACUCGCACAGGUCUACAGCGACCACCCCAAAGCCGUCCUCUUCACCUCCGCAGCGACGCUCCGACUCCUGCUGGCCUUGACCUUCCCCGGACUGCCAGAUCUUCUCACGGGAAGAGUGGAGAUCUCGACUCCAGUCAACAGCUUCAAGAGAUGUACGUACAGCCUGUGACAUGAUGGCCGCUUGGGCUAAGACUGGGAGACAGGAGCUGAGACAGCGCAGUACAAGAAGGCCUGUUCUUAUACGAACGGGGGCUUGAUCCCUAUGAUGGCGGCAUCUUCCAUCAGGUCGGUUCAUAUUCGCAUAAGAUACCUGCCCCGGUGCUAAAUAUGGUCAGGCGCCACUGUUGUUGCCGUUGUUCUCUUUCCUGCCCUCACCAACCACUGUACUCGGGAAAAUAGCCGGCAUUCUCCUCUACACAGGAGUAGAUCUUGCGUCUGCCGACUGCAUCUUCGACAUUGCGAGUUCGAGCGUAGCUGUUGCAUCCUCGUUGUACGUGUCGCCGAGAGCAGCCCGAGCCUGGAAGCCAGCGUCCCCUGCUGCAGCCUACUUGUUCAAUCCAUUUACGAUUUUGGCAUGCCUCGGACGACCAACCACGAGCUUCCCAACCUUCUUCACGCUACUCAGCAUCAAGCACGCAUGUCGAGCGGAGACGACUAUGUCCGCCUUUGCUUUGGCGAUUGCGACAUACCUUGGACUUCACCCGGCCCUCCUCCUGCCUCCAGUUGGCCUGCUCUGUUACGACCAGCUGUGCAAACGACAGUCAGGAAGCGAGUCCAAGGAACCUGGAAGUUCGAGCAGCGGAAUGCACGCUUCGUCUCGUAAAGUCGCUGUCGAUCAACGGACCUUACCGUCGGCUAUAUCUUUCUGCUUGGUCCUAUCUCUAAGCUUCACUGCGGCGUUAGCUUUCCUGUUGGGCCUCUCGAGACUAUUGCUGCCUUCAUGGCAAUUCAUCUCCUCCGUAUACAUGACGCCACUCACACUUCCAGACCUUCAACCGAAUCCAGGGCUGUGGUGGUAUUUCUUUAUCGAGAUGUUUGACGCUUUUCGGGAGUUCUUUCUGGGCGUAUUCUGGCUGCACAUGUUGUCGUACAGCGUACCCGUCUGCUUGCGAAUGCGAAAACAGCCUCUUGCGGCUGUGGUGUUGAUGAUGGGCGUUCUGGCUAUCUUUCAGCCAUACGCCAACGUCGGCGACGUCGGGGCAUGGCUCAGCUGUUUGUGCUUGCUGGGGCACGUUUUCGAGUGUAAGAUUGACCCAGCACUAUCACAUGCCACAUUACUGACCGCGAUCAGUGUGUUCCUCGCACCGCUACACUUUUCCAGCGCUGGCAGCAUUGCUCUAUGCUUCUUUACUUGGUCCGGCCUUCCAUCAUCUAUGGGUUUAUGCGGGCUCUGGAAAUGCCAAUUUCUUCUAUGCCAUUACUCUGGUGUGGAGUCUAGCCCUAUUGAUCUUGCUCACGGACACAGUGUAUGCGGUCUUGAGGGAUGAGCUAGAAGAUGAGCGGCCUGAAGUCAAAGGGAAAGAAGUACGGCAGAUAUAG